AUGGCCGAAAACAAUAACAAUGUUCAUCCUGUGGAAAAGUUUGGCGAUACUGUCAGAUCGGGAGUUGAUCACCCGGGAAAUUUUGCCUAUGCUACGGAUAACAUAAGCAUCCCACCUCACUACAUCAGCUUGGUGAAUGGUGGCAUCUUGUUCCAUGGUCGUGAAGACGAAGAGCCCAUAAGCCACCUCAAUGCAUUCUAUGAGUUGACCAUGAACCACAGACCUGCGAAUGUGCCACAUGAUAAUAUCAAGAGAGCUCUCUUUCCUUUUUCGUUGAGAGACAAAGCACUAGAGUGGUACGACUCACUUCCAGGGUACAAUGUGGCGACCUUUGAAGAUCUGAAAUCCAAGUUUCUUCUGAAAUAUAAUUCACCAAUGAAGACCGAGAGAUUGAGGGAUGCCAUCACAUCUUUUCGGCAGCAAGAUGAUGAAUCUUUUGCUGAAGCAUGGAAAAGGUUUACUGAGAUGUUGAGAAAGUGUCCCAGCCAUGGUCUUGCUCCUGGUCGUGAUCUUGUCAAAUUUUACCAAGGCUUAAACAAUGAAAGCAUGAGAGUUAUAAAUGCAAGUACUAGUGGAGAUCUUGAUAAUAAGACACAUGAGGAAGUGAGAACCUUGUUUCAAAAACUAGCAGAUAAUCAAAGAAACUGGUACAAUCCAAGGAGAGUGGUUGAGAAGAAAGGAAAUACCUUCGGAGCUUCAAUAGAAUCUGAAAGAAUGACUGCAGUUGAGGCACAACUAGCUAAUAUUAGCACCCAAAUGACAUCGGUGGUUAAAAUAGUAUCUUCCAUGCAGUUGAACCCACAACCUCAAAUUUUUCCAAUGGUUAGAUGUGGACUGUGUCAAGGUGGGCAUCACACAGAUCAAUGUCAAAUGAUCCAAUCCCAAGAAACAGUUGAAGAUGUGAAUUACAUAGGCAAUAACCGCCAAGGUUUUAGCCAAGGGGAUCAAUUCAAUAACAAUCAUCAGAACUGGAAGCCUCAACAACAAGGGAAUUGGAACCAAGCUGUGUCAAGUAACAAUGGUGGGAACCAAUGGCGAAACAACUCCCAACCCCCUGGUUUUGAUAAGAAACCUUCACUAGAAGAUCAGAUGGGACAGAUAUUCGCUUUCAUGUCAAAGAGUCAAAAAGAGAAUGAUUUCUUCAAAGAGAAAACAAUUGAGAAGUUUGGACAACUCGAGGCUUCUAUGAGGAAUUUGGAAACACAAAUAGGGCAGCUUGCUACAGCUUCUCAUACAAGAACUCCUGGCACCAUUCCAAGUGAUACAGUGCCCAACCCCAAGGGAAAUGAACAUUGCAAAGCAGUCACCCUGAGAAGCGGAAGAAAUUUGGAUUCAAUGCCUUUAAUGGACGACCAAGGGGCGGACAAGGCAUGUAAUGGAAGUCCCGUGCAGGAUGCCCAACAUGGUCAAGAACAUGCUGCAUCCGGCAGCAAGGAACAAGGUGAUGAAUCUAAGUUAAAUGGAAGACUUACAGCAGGAGAGAAAGACAAAAAGGUCAAUGAGACAGAACCUAAGAAGAGCAAGUCCAGUAUUCCUAACGACAUUCCACCGCCUCCAUAUCCAUUCACGAGAAAGAAGAGAGUGCGGCAAGAAAAGAGUUUUGAGUGGAUGAUGAAUGUGAUUAGAAAAGUGAAUGUAAGCAUCUCAUUAGUGGAUCUUUUCACCAAUUUCCCGAGAUUCUCCAAGUUCUUCAAAGACAUGAUGGCGAACAAGGAGAAACUUCAUGAUGAGGGGAUUGUGGCAUUGAGCACGAAUUGCUCACAACUGAUAUCUGGAAUCAUGCCAACGAAGAUAAGAGAUCCAGGAGGUUGCAUCAUACCAUGUGAAAUUGGUAACACGAUUUUCACAAAGUGUUUAUUGGACCAAGGUUCAGGGAUCUCACUGAAGGCAUUGAAAACUGCUCGUGCCAUUGGUUUGGAGGAAAGAAUGGAGCCAAUUGACAUCGCUCUACAAUUGGCUGAUCACUCCAUAGUGAAGCCCACUGGAAUUGUUGAGGAUGUUUUGGUUAAAAUCGAUAAGUUCAUCAUUCCCGUUGAUUUUAUUGUGCUUGACAUGCCAGAAGAUAAAGAAGUGCCCAUUUUGUUUGGUAGACCAUUUCUAGCAACGGGAGAUGUAUUGCUUGGAGCAAAGGAUAACUCUGUUACAUUCAGAAUUAAUGGUGAGCAACUGACUAUCAAUGUUGAGAAAGCCUAUGUUGGUGGUGAAAGUGGUAAGGAAGCAAGAGAGGCGGUCACACUAGAGAGUCCGAAAGUGUAG